AUGGAGUAUAACAAAUAUUAUGAAAAAAAAAAAAUGGAAAAAAUUCCAUGUUUCAAACACACGUAUGAAUACAAUGAGGAUGAUAGAAAAAACUUCGGAAUAGAAUAUAUGAACCCUGAAUUCUUACAUGACGAAUUGACAAGAUUAAACAUAUUUACCAUCAUAAAAAAUGAAAUAAUAAAUGUACUUUCGGUUAUUAAAAAGCACGAAUAUAAUAAAAAUUUAGACUCGAGCAUUGUAGACGCACUAUUCAUCCUCUAUAACAGCAUCAGUAAUUUGACGAACAGCUUGAAGGAAGAAAUAGACAUACACGAAUUUAAUAAUAAGUUAGAUAUAUAUCAUAUAGCUCCUUUUUUAAAUAUCAUAAGAAAUAAUAACAUCUUUUAUAGAAUAAAACUGAACGCUUUACAUUCCUUGGACCACAUAUUAAAGUAUAACAGUAGCUAUUUCAAUGAAACGAUGUAUGAUGAAAAUGUUUCUAGAAAGCAGGAGUCGUACAUUUCCAUCCAGAACGAUCAGGAUAUGAAGAUUAAUCAGAAUGAUCAUUUAAAUAUAAAGGAACUAAACGAUGCACACGAAAACAGUUCUACCAAAGUGAAUGAAGAAAGGCAUGAUGAUAGCGAAGUGUUAUCAUCCAAGAUGAGUGAAAAAAUGCCGAAGAGAAAAAAAUAUAAUUUUUUUUCAAAAAAUUAUAAAUUAUCGAAAAAAUUUUCGGAUAAGAAGGAAGACAACUCUGAUUUGUUAAUUAACAAAGGGAAUAACAUCAUUAACGUGAGCAUAGAAACGUUACUCUGUGCACCUAUUAACUACAACAACAUUAACCAUGAAGAAAUUAUACUGUACGAUACCAUCAUUUUGUUUAAUAAUAUGCUCUUUAAUGCCAUCAGAGUUGUUGACAGGAAAAAUAUUAUAAAAAUCAUUUGCUACAUUUUUAAAAUAUACAAGAAUAAUAAAUAUUCCCUAUUGUUUAAGGGGAAUUGUGAAUCAAUCUUGAAAAACAUUUUCUACAUUGUAAUGAAUAAUUUGACCAGUAGCACCGGCAGCGCAAAUAUGAGGAGCGUUACCACUGCUACUGCGAGUGUGCCUAGUAACGUUACCACUAAUGAAUUAAGUAAUGCCUGCACAAACCAAUCUACAAACACCUGCGGGAAUAACGAAAGUUCCGCAGAUGAUGAAUUAAUACACGAUUUGUUAACCAUCAUUCUGAUAUUAAUGAACAGCAAUAAAAAUAAGUUCGUGGAGGAUUUAUUAAAAACCAAGGAGUGCAUUGGGAUGUAUAAUGAUUUGUUUGAAAAUGAAAUUUCGAAUGAUAAUAUGGAGUGCAUUAAUGUACUUUCCUUCAGAUUACUAAACAUUCUUUUGGAAACAUGCGGAUACGCCUUGAUAAACAAAAAUUUUGACGCUCUCUCUAACAUAAUAAGGUGCCUAUUUCUGCACAUCACCUCAUCGUCUUAUAUCCUCAUGUGCAGGUCCAUGAGAACGUAUAUAAACAUUUUUAUCCUGUAUAAGAAGCAUUUUUGCAUUUACAAUGAAGUAUUUAUUAAUAUAUUAUUAAGUAUACUGAAAAACAGUUCUUCCAAAAAUGUUACAGAAACAGCUCUGUUAACCUUGUCCUAUUUUUGCCUUGAAAAUGUCUUAUUUGAAAUAUACUAUAAUCAUGAUGUUAACUUGUAUGCAUCGGAUCUUUUAGAAAAUUUCAUAAGAGCCGUACUUGAUUUGUGCGUCAAUUUUAUUAACAACACGACCAUUAUGAAUGAUGUUAUUUUUAAGAUGGUAAAGAAUAUUUUGCACAUAAUAAUACCAUGCGUGGGUAAUUGUAUCACCUCCGCAAAUGUGAGCAACAACAAAAGUGGCAAUAACGUAUUGAACGACCAGAACAAUCGAAUGGGUGAUAUAGGUGGAUACACAAAUCAACUCAUUAAUGAAUUCAGGAACGAUUUAUACUCAGAUAUUUUUGGCUAUGUAAUCCAUUCUGGGAAAAUCGAAUUGCUCAAGGGUGCAUCUGGAAUUAGAAACUGGAGGGAGAAGUCUGAUGAGAAGAGAAAAAUACAAAAAGAAAAAAAAAAAAAAAAAUUACCCAGUGAAGAAAGUGGGGGCAACAAAUGCACAACUCCGAUAGGCGAUUCCAACGAAUCUUCCAAAGGGGAAAAAAAGAAAGAACAAACCAGUCAAGAAAAUGAUAGUAAAAAAAAUUCCCUUAAACAUGGAGAAGGCACAGAAAACGCCCCAGAAAAAGAAGAAUCGAAAAAAAGUAACAUGAAUGAACUCUACUCCCUCAACUUUCUUACAUCAAAUAAGGACAAAAGGUACGUCCUUCUUUGCUCCAUUUUACUGUGCGAAUAUGUUAAGGAGUCUAUAAAAGUGGACUAUAUUAAGAAUAAGGAACAUUUGAUGAGAAAGAAAAAAAUAAGAAAAGAAAUUUUAAAAAAAGCAGCAACCAUUUUUAACACACUAAAAAAUAAAUCCAUCGAUGAGUUAAUCAAAAUGAAAAUGAUCCAAACGGAGGAGACGUUCAUUCAAGGGGAUAAAAAUGAUUCUAUUCUACAUUCCCUAAUGACAGAAAAACGUGAACAUUUCACUGUUUAUUCGAAUCAGUCCUAUGACGAGAAAUCCCAUGUUUCCAGGGACAUGGACACAGAGAAGGUUAACAGUGAUAAAUCUAAUGGAGAGCCACAUUUGACUGCUUCUAAAAACAGUGACAAUAAUGCGAACAUGUCCAAUAGCAGGGGGGAUGUUGCAAACCCCAAAACAUACAUCACAAGUGACACCAAAAGUGGAGAGAAGGGACUCAACUCUGAUGCCAAGAACCCCCAUUCUGCAAUGGACGAAUGCAAUGGUGAAUUAAUAGAAGACGAGGUGAAACAGUUUUCUAAUCAUCAUAAGGGUAAGGAUACACUAAGCGGUAGUUUUGAAAAAGGGGAAAGGGAUAACAGUAAAGUAAGUGACGAGAAGAGGGAAUCCCUGUCCCUGGUCGAAUCGUCAGGAAGACGAAAUGCGAGCGAGGGCACGGAUUAUGACACCAACGCGGAGGAAGCAAAGGCGUCCCAGAUUAAUUCGGAACUAGUGAACACCAAAAAUGGAGAGAACGAUUUAGAGGAAGAAAACAAGAAGCAGAAAAGGCAUAGCGAUGCACACAUCAGGAACGUUGCGCACACGGAGAAUGGCAGCUCACAAAAUAUGAUGAAACGAAACAGUGUUCUUAGUAACGCCCAAAGAAACCUAAUGGAGGACCCACACUUUUUGAAGUCCAUAGCCAAGUUUCUCAGAUAUAACCCUUUUCUAGACAAAGAAUAUGUAGGUGAAUACAUUUCGCACAGAAAAAAUAUAAAUAUUUUGAAAAGUUACGUUCGGCUCUUUGACUUCUGCAACUUGUCGUUACUGUCCUCGUUGAGAUUGUUUUUGUACUGUUUCAAGUUACCAGGAGAAGCCCAGCUAAUCGAGAGGAUAUUAGAACAUUUCAGCCUGUGUUUUUUUUAUUCCAAUCCGAUUUGCGGAGACUUAGAUAGAGUUUACCGUGAAGAAGGUGACAAAGUUGAAUGCUUACUGAAAGACGAGGAGCUGGCAAACACGAAGAGGUAUAUCUUGAUAGAUUUCCUGAAUGAUAACUCGCACGAAGGGGGUAGUGGUGACGGUAGUAAUAACAAACCGAGUGAGAGCGGCGAAUCAAAGCAUACAGAUGGAGACACAGCAUGCCAAAAUAAGGAAGGAAGCCCUGAGAGGAAGAGGAAGAAGAAAAAAAACUCAUCGCAACAUAGCAAUGUGCAGGAAAAAAUUAAUCUAAAAAAAGAUGUCGAUAUGAAUGAUUAUAUCCACAGAAAUGUGUACUCCAUGUCGAAGAAAAUACAACUGAUGAGCGAAGAGGAAGUGCAGAAGAAGUAUGUUCUUGUUGAAAAUAGCGACGUUAUAUUUAUUUUAACCUAUUCGAUUAUUAUGUUAAACACAGAUUUGCACAACAAUCAGGUAAAGAACAAAAUGAAGUUGGAAGAGUUUAUAAAAAAUAAUAGGGGAAUAAAUAACGGAAAAAAUAUUGAUAGAAUAUAUUUGGAAAAUCUGUACAACUGUAUAUUGCAUGAAGAAAUUAAACUGUUCUCCAACACACAAAGCACCUACACAAAUGACAAUCAGUAUUGGAAGUUGCUGGAAAAGAGGAAAGAGCAGUACAAAAAUUAUCAUUCAUUUAAGGCAAAGGAAGUGUACUUCUACAAAUUUGACAUCAAUAAAUUGUUAAUUAAGAAUAACUUCAUUCCGAUUUUUUUCGAAAUUUUCAAACGUACCCAAGAUUAUAAUUUGACAGAAAAUUGCUUAAGCAUAUUCAAGAUGGCCAUAACCAAUUUUGCCUACUACCAUGAUGUAGAAAAUAUAAAUAAAUUAUGUUAUAUAUUUAAAUACAUCAAUUUUUAUUUGACACAAAAAUCACAGUCAUUACUGUACCUCCUAUUUCAUGUCAUCAAAAGGUGCCACAAUUUAUUUCGAGAGGGGUGGGUAAUAUACAUAAAUGUUUUGUGCAAAUUAAUUACCAUAGAUUUAGUCCCCAUUUUCUUUUAUCCCCAUAUGUAUAUAAACAAUGCUCAAUUUAAUAACGACAAAGAUUCUCUCCACAGAAAGUACAAAAAGGGAAACUGCGUAGAGACAUAUAAUAUCAAUAAAAACAUAACCGAAAUUUAUCAACAUCCAUUUUUGAUGUUCAAAAAAAAUAUAAAAAAAAUGAACAAGCCAAAGUGGAUUGACGAAUUCAGCAGUAUGUUCUUUUUCAGACAUAGCAAUAAUGAAAAUUCGAAUUUGUCCAUGAUUUUUAAGGAGAGCUAUUCUGAAAAACUCGAUGAAGAUAAAAAGAAAAGGAAAAAAAAAGACAAAACAGAGGAGCAUGCAAAUAAGGAAAAAAACAACAACACGUCUAUCAUUAAUGGGGAUAUAAAACAAACAGAUGAUGGGGAGGAUGACGACGAAGAGGAUGAUGAUGACAGUGAUAAUGAUGAUAGUAAUGAUGAAGAUAACCUCAACCACAUAUAUGUACACCUUAAGGUAGACCCCAAAAAUGUGGAUAACAGCUCCAUCAUGGACAGUGUCACCAUUUAUAAAAGAUUAAAAUUAGAUGUUUACAACUUUUUUACCAUAAACGAUUUUUACAACAAUAUGAUUACAAAUUUGAACAUCACCAGCUUUAUAUACUUGGUGAAAAUUUUAAUGAUUAAGUGUUCACUUACCAAACAUAGUGAACAGCACAACGUUGCCCCGGGAAAUAGAACCGACCUUCAUAACUCAAGCCUAAGAAUGCAAAUUAUACCGAACCACAACUAUAUGACAAAUGAUAAAAGCGGCGGCAUUCAUAAUACCCACGAAAAUAUUAAUGACUCCAACCCAGUUUUAAUAAACGCGGAUAACUCCUUCGAUUUGUUUUGCAACACGAAGGAAAAACUGCUCACAUCACAAAUGCUCUUUCACAUUAUUUACUUUAAAAUUAACUACACCUAUGUCUUGUAUAAUAUGAUCUGCCGGAUGGGCAAGAAGAGCGCUACAAGGAUAUUCAAAGAAAGGGGUGCUCAAGAGAAGUGUGGAAAAAUGAGCUCUCCGAUAAAUUUACUUGUGGAAGAAUCCCUAAGGGGAGACAUUCAUCCAGGAACGGAAAAGAACGAGGAUGACAAGAAGAAGAAAAAAAAUCGCUAUGACCUCACAUUGGAUAAUAUUUACGACACAGACAAUUCGACGAAUGUCACGUCCAGCGAUUCAGAAUUCAGCGACAUAUCUAGCGACUCUUUUUUUAUAAGAAAGAACGAUCUAAUUAUUGAAGAAAAUCGAAUCUACGGAGAUGGAGUUCAGAAAAAAGAGGUGUACUCCCAAGAAGGACAGGGCGAGACAUGUAAAGACAUGGACGAAUUUGAUAAGAUUUACUCGUACGCCCAUGAUGACGAUGGUGGAAGUGAGGAUGCCUGUGACGAAGCCAGCUCAGACGAUAGCGUGGAUUCGAGUUGCGAUGAACGUAACGACGCCGAAGCAGAUUGCGAACCUCCCAACGUGAAUAACAUGCGUAGCGCAAAUACACACAUUGCCAACGAAAUGAUGCACGAGGAAAUCCAUUCGAAGAGCAACCCGAACAAGUGCAUUCGAACAGAUAAAGAAAAGAACCUUGUAAUGGACAAAAUUAAGAUGAACCUGUACAUAAAAACAUAUAUUAUGCACCUAAAAAUUACCGUAAUCACAUUUGAGCACUUCUUUAACCUGCUGAAUAAAUUCCUCCUAAUCAACUAUGACAGUAGUAUCUUUGUGAGCAUCUAUAACAGCAUUUUUAAGGACUACCAAAUGGAAGACUUAAAUUUUGUGACGGAAGAAGAUAUCACAAACGAUCACAAAUUGUCGUACCAGAUAUAUGAGGAGAGUUUCGAAAACAUUGACAAAAAGUUACAUUACAAAGGGGAGAACGUAGCCAUGAACGACAUAGAAAAAAACCUGUUUCUUAUAAAAAUUCCCAAGGCUGAAGGAGAAGAGGAUUGGCUAUUCAUUGAGCAUCUCAUCAUGAGUAUCAUCAAUUUCUCGUACAUUUGUUUUAGUAUAUACAAAGACGAUAAGCAUAAAAUGAGCAAAAAAGAAACAAAGAAAUCGAGCAGUGUGUACACCUUCCCAGAUAGUAGCUAUGCACAGCUUAGAGAAAAAAACGGGAAAUUCUUUUUCCUCUGUGGAAUAUACCUUAUGUACAUUUUACAGUUCCUGAAGAAGAACAUUCUCUAUCGAUUCAUUGACAAAAUAAUUUACAUGUUGGAAAAAAUCUCCAAGAACGUUUAUGUGAAUAGUUGCAUCAUUAAUAUAUACCUGCACAUGUUGCAGCUCAUCACGCCUAAUAAUAUUCUGUACAAAAAUACGAAUAACACAAACAUUUCGUUGAAUGAUAAAGAUAUUUACAUUUACAUUGAAAAGGCAACCAUCUACACGGAAAGUAUUAACAACAUUAUUAACAAUAAUAAUGUGUUGCUAAAAUUGAACAAUUUUAAUAUUGAAAAUAUUAUUCUCUCACUCCUCCCCUAUUUGCUAUAUUUUAAUAACAAGAAGGAAGAAAUUAAUGCACAUAUCGCGUCCAUUAAUUCAGAAUGCCUUCACAUUAUUUCGAACAUAUAUUAUAAAAGUACUUAUAUGUACAUGAACAACCAGAAGAGAGCAAGCAAGCAAGACAAUAUGGAAGGAUCUUGGCAAGAUGAUAACUAUAAUUCCAGUUUGUACAGAAUGUAUAACGACAAUAUUUCAUUUGAGAAAAUCAUCGAAUUGAAAAAAAUGUACAUCUUUUUGCUCAUAUGUUUUGUUCUGUCUCUGGCUUGCUCCUUCAGCUCCAAGAGAACCAGAAGUGAAGCCUACAUAAAGCUGCAGCAAUUUUUGUUUAAUGAAAAUUAUAUUUUUAAAAAGGUGAAAAAUCCAAAUGGGGACAAUUCGCCGAAUAUGGGCAAUAACAAAAGCGAAAAAAAUUCCAAACAGGAAAAGUACGUAUAUAGGGACGAAAAGUUGAUAGACUUGAUAAGCAACUUUAUCAUCCUUCCACUGAUCACGUACAAUUACUACUUUCCCUUUAUAUGCAAAAGUGUGCAUUGGGGCCAGGAGGCAAACGGUGGUUCAAAAAGUUGCAUAAACGAGGCCCAAUGUGACCAGAACGAGCCACAAGACACAACUGCACAUGCGAAGAACAACUACUGCAAGGAAGCCCUGCUCAACUUUAACCUGUACAACAAAAGGAACAACGACAUAUCGAGCAAAAUGUGGAAACGGAACGAAUACGAAAACUGCGGCUGCAUUAUUAAUUACAAAAAUAUAGAAACGGUGGAUCAGGACCUAAACGUACUAACCAGUUUGUUCAACUAUGCCAAUGAUUAUUACAUACACACCAUGCUACAUAAACAAUACAAUUACUAUUUCAGCUACUUGUACGCCAAAAAAUUACUAAGCUACGAUAACGUGUGCUACAGGAAAAGCAUGAGCAUAAGCUUUGUCAGUCACAUCAUUUUGUCUUUCCUGCAUUCGUUACUGAAUUACGCAGGGGAUGGAUGCGAGAAUAGCGACGAAGGCGAAAAGGGGCUCAAUAACGGUGAUAUCGAUCCUACUAAAGGGAAGAACGAUUCGACUUCAUCAGAUGAUUGCAGAGAAUCACAUGACAUCAACCUCUAUGAUCUGCUUUGCCUAAAUAAUGACAAAUCGUGCAACAAAAUUGUCACGAAAACGAAAUGUGAAAAUAAUUGCAUUUUCUACUUUUUGAAACAUUUCUAUCACGCACUGCUAACGAUCAAAGAAGAAACGAAGAAAAUUUUAAAUAUUUACAAAGAGACCUUUAUCGAGAACAUUAAAAAUAUAAUCUAUGUCUCAUCUUCCUAUGCCUACUGCUUGAAGGAUCACCAUGUUAACUGUUUUUCGCAUAUAAAAAAUGGCUAUUCUUUUCUAAAUGAGGAGGAGAAAAAACUGUUAAAAUCGUACAAUCUGGAAGGUGCAGAAAAGGUAGAAAGGGCAGAAAACAUGCUCGAGGGUGAUAAGGAAGUUUUUAAUAAUAUAUUGAAAUUGCAAGUCAACGUGAGGAUUAGUGUCGUUAUCGUUUACUACAUUCUGUACACAGAUAACAAUCAGAAUGAACAAUUUAAAAGUAUCUUCGAGGAGUUACUGAAUGUUUUGUUGGCCAAAUAUAGCGUAAAGUCAGAAUCACUAGACAAUGGUGCAGAUCCCAACGCUGAAUCAAAAAAGGCAGAUGAUCAAACGGAACAAAAGCAGGAAAAUUUACCUAAUGACCCUAGAAGCAGCGAAGAAAGUGCAGGGACGGCAGAAUUGGAUAAAAAGGAAGAACCAUCUGACCAAACGGCUGGAAAGGAGAAGGAUGAUGCAAACCUACAGACAGGAGAACAAAAUGAAGAGGAUAAAGAGUAA